CUCAUGUGACCUUCAGUUCUGUUUGUAAAAAAGAUUCCGUGGAGUGGAAGGCCGUCCAGUCCGUUCCGCUACAUUUUGCUCUUUAACUAAUUUUCACAAUCCCUGGCCGUUGUGUGUAUUCAAGAUAAAACUGUCCAUAUGGACACCGUGAAAUCAGGAAGCACACAACGGGGCGCUAAAAUCGUAAUAGUAGGAAGCGGAGUAGCAGGAAUAUCAGCGGCGGUGGCACUCACAGCCGCAGGUUUUACAGAUGUCCACAUUCUUGAGGCGACAGGGCGGAGCGGAGGAAGGAUCAAGACCGGGAGACUGGGCGAUAAUAUUGUGGAGAUAGGAGCCAACUGGAUCCAUGGGCCAAGUGAAGAUAACCCAGUAUUCUGUCUGGCUCGUCAGUAUGGCCUGCUGGACCCAGAGGCGCUCACACCCGAAAACCAGACCAUGGAUGUUGGAGGACACCCCCCCUGGGUUCCUAACUAUUUCACCAGCUCAGGCCGCAAGCUGGAUGUAGAAUGCAUACUUCCCCUUCAGAUGGCAUGUCUUGAAAUCCUCGAUGAAAGUUCUUUGUUUGAGGGCAAAGAAGAGCCUUUUCCCAGUGUAGGAGAAUUCAUUCACUCAAAGGCCACAGAGAAGUGGGGAGAUGCAGACACAGUCACCAGAUCCUUAGUUUUUUCUGUAGUCAGUAACAUGCUGAAGGUGGAGUGCUGUGUCAAUGGGACUCACAGUUUGGAUGAAAUAGGUCUUGGCGCAUUUGGCUUGUACAAGACUCUACCAGGACUUGACUGCACAUUUCCAAAAGGUUAUGAAGGUUUAAUAAAGAACCUGCUUUUGGAGCUCCCUCCAGAUACUGUGAAGUACAAUUGUCCCGUUCGCUGCAUUGAGUGGAACGACACAGAGACAGAGAGCCCUGUUGUAGUCGAGUGUGAAGAUGGAACGAGGAUGACAGCAGACCAUGUUAUUGUCACAGUAUCCCUGGGAUACCUCAAGAAACAUCAUUCAACAUUGUUUCGACCUCCUCUUCCUCUUCACAAACUGCACUCAAUUCAGAAACAAGGUUUUGGCACAAACAAUAAAAUAUUUGUGGAGUUUGAUUCAGCCUGGUGGGAUGAUGACUGUGAGGUCAUGCAUUUCUUGUGGGAAGAUGAAAAUCUCUUGGUGGAUAAAGAGUUGGACCUACAGUCUUCAUGGAUAAAGAAGUUAUUUGGCUUCACUGUGUUGAAACCCAUUGAAAGAUAUGGUCAUCUUCUUUGUGGCUGGAUGGCCGGCCAUGAAUCUGAGUACAUGGAGACCCUUUCUGAUCAAGAGGUGACACAAGCUAUAACUCAACUUAUAAGAAGAUUCACAGGUAACCCCAUCCUCACACCAAAGAGGGUUCUGCGCUCCCAGUGGUUUCAUAAUCCGUGGACUUGUGGAUCGUACAGUUUCCCAGGAAAAGGCUGCUCAUUACAGGACCUCAAAAAUCUGGGGGAACCUCUUCCAACAACUGGAUCACAGCCACUGCAGGUGCUGUUUGCUGGUGAGGCCACUCAUCCUUGUUUCUUCUCUACGGUCCAUGGGGCUCUGCUAUCAGGACGGAGAGAGGCAGACAGACUCAUCUCUCACUUCAACACUUCCACGGAUCCUGUUAUAUCAAAACUUUAGAUCAUAAAUUAACUAUGCAGCGUAUGAAUUAUUUCCACUUCAUGAAAACAUGACUUGGCAUUUGUACUUGAUAAAUAUGGAUGAUUAAGAUAAGGCCUUAUUCAAAAUGUCAGUGAUGUUUCAGAGAGCAGAUCUGAUUGACACUUGGAUUCUUAUUGGGGUUUUGAACAUUCUUUUAUUUUUGAGAAUUGAUUAUGUUAAUUCUGUACUAUGACCAUUCUUGCUCAAUGUUGAUUCUUUUUUAAUUUUUUUAAGUAAAAUAAUAAUAAAAAAAAAAGUAAUAUUUGUAAAAAAGUGGCCCUAAAAUAAUUUAUAUUUAACCCAUCUAAUAUUUUUAUGAUAUAAAUAAAAGUGUAUUUGUUUAAAUGUUUAUGGUUUGUGCCUCACUUAAUAUUGUCUUGCAAUUCUAAUCUGAAACCUGCGAGAAUUAAAACUCAUUUAAUGUCUGAUAA